UUCGUCAGUUUAUUAACUGAGGCACGGAAGGGUCUGUAACGGAGAAAAGCUCGGGAAACAGUCCCGGCGGACUGAUUUGUGCAGCAACGGAGUCAAUUGUCACACGAGCUGGACGAACUAUUGAUUCCGCUUCGAGUAAUAUGCUGGGACUAUCUGCAAACCCCACGCCUCCCUGUUACCGCCGGCACUGCCAGUUCCGGCGGCUCGGGAUGUCCAUCGCCGGUGGCUCUUCCGGUCCCGUGGCCAUCCAUCUGAUCACCGGCGCCGCUUCUCUACGCCUCGGCCACCGCCUCUGCUGCCUUAUCAAUUCCUCCUUCCAGAGGUUGAAGGAUAUUUGGUACGAAAGAGCCCUCUCCGUCAAUGGAAUUGAGUUUCUUCAGUUAUCAAAAGAUGCCUUUUCAUCCACAUCUUCAUCCUUUUUCCAUUUUUCUGAUGGAAGAGAAGGUAGAACUGAUGGCAAAUCAUCUUCUGAAACAUCCAGAAGAAAGUCCUCCGAUGGUAGACAUUGGACAAAUGUCAUUCUAGCUAUCAAUAUCUUAGUAUUUGCUGGACAACUCGCAACUCAGGGCAAACUGCUCUCUUGGGGAGCUAAGAUUAAUCAUCUCAUCGACAAGGGACAAUGGUGGAGGCUGGCCACAUCAUCUCUCUUACAUGCGAAUGUCAUGCACCUCAUGGUUAAUUGCUAUUCUUUGAAUUCCAUUGGUCCCACCGUGGAAGCAGUCAGUGGCCCCAAAAAAUAUCUAACAGUUUACGCCACUUCUGCAAUUGCAAGUUCAGCAAUGAGUUAUUGGUUGAACAAAGCGCCUUCCGUAGGUGCUUCUGGGGCAAUUUUUGGACUGGUUGGUUACAUGGCUGUGUACAUCAUGAGGCAUAGGGGCCUGAUUGGAGAUGCCAACGAAGGUCUAAAGCACAUAGCGAAAGUAAUUAUGUUAAACAUGGUCAUUGGGCUGUCUUCGAGAGGUAUCGACAACUGGGGACAUGUAGGAGGAUUGCUUGGGGGGGUAGUCACACCGUGGCUUCUUGAUCCUGCUUCGAAGCUCGAGCAUAGGUCUAGCGAUGGUCGAAGAAUCAUUGACAUCAAAGGGAGAAAAGACCCGGGGCAGCCGAAGUGAGGUGUGAAUUGCAGUGAUCAAGAUGCAACUCCGCCUCCCUACCCACAAACUUAUUUAGCGUGUACAGACACUCUGCAACGACACGUGAAAAACUGGGUUAUGUAAAGGAGAUUAAAGAUCAAUCAAUUGCCUUGUGACUAAUUAGAUGAAAAGAUUUGCAGGGUUGGCAAAAUGAUCAAGCUUCGAACUUUAAAAUCGGGAUGAGUUGGUUGAUUUAGCUUUGUACUCGUGCGAGAUAAAGAUUCCACCGUCGGAUAUAUCUCAUACAAUCCCAGCAAGGUUGAAACUGA